AUGUCUCUGUGGGGUUCCAAGAAGAAGGACGACGACGACCACGUAGACGACGAGCAGAACAACGAGCAGGGCGUCCAGCGACACUCGACCGACAGCAGACCCAGCAGCAGGACCAUGAGGGAACCGACGGAGAGAGACCGCCUGCUGCCCGCCCACCCUCGUCGUCCUCCCCACGCAGAUGGAUACCUCGACCCCGACGAUCCAGCCGUCUCGCCCUACAACUUGUGGACCGUCCGCUUCAUGCGCUACGUCUCCUUGCUGUUCCUCGCCAUCACCUUCCUGUGGUGGGUACUCCUCCUGGUCAGCAUCUUCGUCUCCCCGCCAGGUCUGCACACGCGCGGAUCCGGAUUCUUCGACUUUGCCUACUCAUCUCUGACCAUUGGCAUCUUGCUGAACUCGCUGCUCUUCUUCGCCGCCCCAAGCUUGGCCAUGCGCGUCUCGCAGGGAAUCUUGGGAAUCGUCUUGCUCGCCGACCUGAUCAUCAUCGUGGCCGUCCCGAGAAUUCGCGGGGAAGAGGGGCCUCCAGGCAUUGCCAGCGUCGUUUGGGCUACAUUGAUAGCUGGCUGGUGUGUCUUCACCGACCGCAUAGUCGCCUGGGGUAAACGAGAAGAAGAGGAGCGUCUGACGGGUCGAUCGGAGACCCGCCGCACUCUGAAGGAGUGGCUGGCUGUUCUCACGUCGACCAUCAUUCUCGUCGGCUUCAUCCUCAUCUCUGUUCUUAUGACAAUGACUCUGGUCAUCCGAAGUCUCGACGCCGGCCUCGCCAUGGACGGCGAUCGCAUACCAGUUGACGACAAUAAGUACGAAGUUCACCUGGCAUGCAUUGGGAACAAGACAACCGAUCAGCAUGGCAACCGCUCGCCCACCAUCCUUCUCGAAUCAGCAGAAGAUCCCGCCGAAUACGAUUUCGAGCAUUGGCUCUAUGCGUCUCUGCAGAACGGCACCAUCGAUAGAUACUGCUACUGGGAUCGACCGGGCUACGCUUGGUCGGACAACGCACCAUCGCCCCACAGCGCGGGUAUGAGUGCAGACAACCUCGCAGAGGCACUUGCUAUCAAGGGCGAAGAAGGUCCAUGGAUUCUUGUGUCGGCGGGGUACGGAAGCAUUGUGUCUCGAAUAUUCAGCGCUCGCAACUUCCGUGAAGUAGUCGGUAUUAUGAUGAUCGAGCCUCUGCACGAGGACCUUCUGGGUCGUAUCGGCACCCCAGGACGUGGAUUCGUCCUUUGGGGCUAUGGUGUCAUCAGUCCACUGGGCGUACGCCGCAUUAUGGGAUCCAUCUUUGGCGGUCAGACGAAGCAAGAUCGAGUCUACGGAAAAGCGGCCAUGCAGAGCGGCAAGCUCCUCAAGGCGAAGCUGCAGGAGAACCUCGUCGCAACAUCCUUCUCGCGCAAUGAGGUCAAGUCAGCUCGCACCAUCCAGGCAACCGACACUCCUCUGGUGGUGGUCUCUUCGGGCAUCAGGUUCCGCACAGACGAGGAGUGGGCGGACAAGCAGAAAGAUCUGACCGGCAUCACGGGAAAGCUCGUCAGCUGGGAUGUCGUGAACAAGGCGCCGCACUACGUGUGGCACACGCUGGAAGGCCGCCAGGUCAUGGAGAAACGACUGGGCCAGCUAGUGAAAGCGCAAGCCAAUAGGACCAGCAUCGAGUCAUCCCUUUAA